GGGGGCGCUAAUGAACCAGUCAGCAGACACUUGCAUCCGUUUAGCUGGUUCUUAGCAUCGAGGCUGGUAGCAGUGGCGUCCAUUCAUUGAGUCCGAAAUGGCUGAUGUUAAGAACUUUCUCUAUGCCUGGUGUGGGAAGAAGAAAAAGACCCCCAAUUAUGACAUCAGAGCUGCUGGCAACAAGAACAGACAGAAGUUUCUUUGUGAGGUUCGUGUGGACGGCUAUAACUACACAGGAAUGGGGAACUCCACUAAUAAGAAAGAUGCUCAGUCCAACGCGGCCAGGGAUUUUGUGAAUUACCUGGUUCGGAUUGGAGAGAUGAAUGCUGCCGAAGUCCCAGCGGUGGGGGUUGGUGCUCCAGAGAUGGAUCAGCCUGCAGGAGGUGAUCCAGCAGGUUUUGGAAACCUACCCUCCAGUGGCCCUCUGCCUCCUCACCUGGCUGUUAAAGCUGAACAAGAGGACUCAAGUGGAAACGUCCCUGUCCCAGGAGUGACAGGACUGGGCUACUCUGGAGGCAGAGGAAACCCAGGUUUUGGGCCUGGUUAUAGAUCUGCACCAGGAGGGGCCCAGUGGGAGGCAGGGGCCAACCUGAAAGAGUACUACAACCGCAGAGAUGAACAGGAGGCCCAGGCGACCUUGGAGUCAGAGGAGGUUGACCUGAACGCUAAUCUUCAUGGAAACUGGACCCUUGAAAAUGCCAAAGCUCGAUUAAACCAGUUUUUCCAAAAGGAAAAAAUGACUGCUGAGUACAAGUACAGCCAAGUGGGGCCAGAUCAUAACAGGAGCUUCAUUGCUGAAAUGCAACUGUUCGUGAGGCAGCUUGGCAGGAGAAUCACAGCUCGAGAACAUGGCUCCAAUAAGAAGUUGGCUGCUCAGUCUUGUGCUUUGUCCCUGGUCCGACAGCUGUACCACCUGGGCGUCAUUGAGCCUUUUUCUGGAGUUACUAAAAAGAAAGAAGGAGAAACUUUGGAGCCAUACGAUGUGACCAUUUCUCCUGAUCUGGAGCAGCAGCUGGGAAGUCUUGUCGAAGAGCUUGGCCUCAGUAUUCCACCUCCACCCUCAGGGCCUGGCGAGCCAGUGUCUCUGGUUCACCCAAAGAUAGCAUCGUUCGAACCGUCGCAGAAGCAAAGCACAGCUGGUGUGGUCCCCUGGUCUCCUCCUCAGGUUAACUGGAACCCAUGGACCAGCAGUAACAUCGACGAGGGCCCGCUUGCUUUUUGCACUCCAGAGCAGAUCAGUGAUGACCUCUAUAAGGAACUCACUUGUCAGCUAGAGCACGAUACAGAGCUCCAAAAGAUGCUGAUGGAGCGAGAGCAGCUCCCUGUGAAGCAGUUUGAGGAUGAGAUCAUGAGCACUUUGGACAACAAUUCUGUGGUGAUUAUCAGAGGAGCUACUGGCUGUGGGAAAACCACCCAGGUCCCACAGUACAUCCUUGAUCGCUUCGUUAAGAGCGGCCGGGCAUCGGACUGUAACAUUGUGGUCACACAGCCUCGGAGGAUCAGCGCUGUCUCAGUUGCAGAGAGGGUUGCCUUUGAAAGAGGAGAGGAUUUGGGAAAGAGUUGUGGCUACAGUGUUCGCUUUGAGUCUAUUCUUCCUCGCCCUCAUGCUAGCGUCCUAUUCUGCACUGUUGGUGUUUUACUGCGAAAGCUUGAAGCUGGGAUCCGAGGCAUCAGUCAUGUGAUAGUGGAUGAAAUCCAUGAGCGAGACAUUAAUACGGACUUUCUGAUGGUGGUCCUCAGAGACGUGGUCCAAACUUACCCUGAGGUCCGAGUCAUUCUGAUGUCCGCCACCAUCGACACCACCAUGUUCAGGGAAUACUUUUUCAACUGCCCGGUUAUCGAGGUGUAUGGUCGCACUUUUCCGGUUCAAGAGUAUUUUCUUGAAGACUGCAUUCAGAUGACUAAUUUUGUGCCUCCUCCAAAUGACCGCAAGAAAAAGGACAAAGAUGAAGAGGGGGGUGAUGAUGACGUGAACUGUAACGUAAUAUGUGGUCCAGAGUACACACCAGAGACAAAGCGCUCCAUGGCUCUUAUCAAUGAAAAGGAGACAUCUUUUGAACUGGUGGAGGCUCUGCUGCGCUACAUUGAGACACUGAAUGUGGAAGGAGCAGUCCUGGUGUUCCUGCCCGGAUGGAACCUGAUCUAUGCCAUGCAGCGCCACCUGGAGAUGCACCCACACUUUGGCAGUAACAAUUACCGCAUUCUGCCUCUGCAUUCACAAGUCCCCCGAGAGGAGCAGCGGAGAGUAUUUGAGCCAGUGCCUGAAAAUGUCACUAAGGUCAUUCUCUCGACGAAUAUUGCAGAAACCAGUAUUACUAUCAACGAUGUGGUGUACGUCAUUGACUCCUGCAAGCAGAAAGUCAAACUCUUCACAUCUCACAACAACAUGACAAACUACGCCACAGUUUGGGCCUCCAAGACCAACCUGGAGCAGCGCAAAGGGAGAGCCGGGAGGGUCAGACCUGGCUUCUGCUUCCACCUGUGCAGCCGCGCUCGUUUUGAAAGACUGGAGACCCACAUGACUCCAGAGAUUUUCCGAACCCCUCUGCAUGAAGUGGCUUUGAGCAUCAAACUGCUGCGACUUGGAGCCAUUGGGCACUUCCUGUCUAAGGCCAUCGAACCUCCACCGCUGGAUGCUGUGAUAGAAGCAGAGCACACUCUGAGAGAGCUGGAUGCACUGGACUCCAACGAUGAGCUCACUCCUUUGGGUCGAAUCCUGGCCCGACUCCCCAUUGAACCUCGACUUGGCAAAAUGAUGAUUAUUGGCUGCAUCUUUUAUGUUGGGGAUGCCAUGUGCACCAUCUCUGCAGCCUCUUGUUUCCCCGAGCCCUUUAUCAAUGAAGGGAAGCGUCUUGGAUUCGUUCACAGGAACUUUGCAGGCAGCCGCUUCUCGGACCAUGUGGCCCUGCUCUCAGUGUUUCAGGCGUGGGAUGAAGUCAGGAUCAACGGUGAGGAGGCAGAGGGUCGUUUCUGCGAUCACAAACGUCUGAACAUGCCCACUCUGAGGAUGACCUGGGAGGCUAAAGUUCAGCUCAAGGAGAUCCUGAUAAAUGCUGGAUUUCCUGAAGAGUGCCUUUUGACACAGUCCUUCAACACAGUGGGCCCAGACAACAGCCUGGAUGUGGUCAUUUCUCUGAUCACAUUUGGCUCUUAUCCCAAUGUGUGCUAUCACAAAGAGAAGCGCAAGAUCCUCACCACAGAGGGCCGCAACGCUCUCAUUCACAAAACCUCAGUCAACUGCCCCUUUAGCAACCAUGACCUGAGCUACCCCUCACCCUUCUUUGUGUUCAGUGAGAAGAUUCGGACUCGAGCCAUUUCAGCUAAAGGCAUGACUCUGGUCAGCCCUCUGCAGCUGCUGCUGUUUGGAUGUAAAAAGAUUACUUCUAACGGAGAAACUGUGGAGCUAGAUGAGUGGUGA